AGCCUUGAUGAUGACUGAGUGAUAGGCUUAUGUGAUACAAUGGUGAUGCCACCAGAUGGAAGCAGUCUUCAGAAAACUCUACAUUUAGAGUUUCUCUUUGCUUUAAGUUAUGAACCACAUACUGUCUGCUUACGCGAGCUGAAUGAAAACAGUUGAGGUGUUGAGCAGCAGGUAUCGGAGGUGAGCUAACAGGUUAUGCAAGAAGCGAGGCAGCAAACGCCGCCCAUCAGGUGUGUUAGCAGGUUGACUCACAUUUUCACCUCAGGAGCGUAGAGUCACACGAAAGGGGCUCCUUUUUUUUCUUCCUCCGCCAGUCUUUGGUGACAUUUGGAUUCAUGAGUCCGUCCAACAAACGUACAUGAAGGGACUUUUUGUGCUGAACCCGCCGGAGUCGAGUCCGUUUUAAUGUUGAAUCAUGUCUCGGAUAUGGCUGCUGGUAUUCCUGGGAGGGCUCGUGCUGCCAGGGGUGCAACAUGUCAGUGGAAUAGACAUUUACACUCCGGCUGAGGUGGAGGCGGUCAACGGGACGUAUGUGAAGCUGAAGUGCACCUUCACUACAAGUCACCCGGUGUCGCUUCAGUCCGUCACAGUAUCCUGGAACUUCAGGCCCUUGAAUUCAGGAUCGGAAGAGUCGGUGUUUUACUACCAGGAGGUGCCAUACCCUCCUCAGCAAGGGCGUUUUAAAGGCCAUGCAGUGUGGUCAGGAGAUAUUUUGAGAAAAGAUGCCUCCAUCACCCUGCAUGAAGUGCCCCCGACCUUUAAUGGCACCUUCAUCUGCCAGGUGCGCAACCGUCCAGAUGUGCACGGCAGUAAUGGAGAGAUCACCCUCAAAGUCGUCACCAGAGCGUCCCUCUCUGAGAUCGCCAUCCUUGCAGCAGCAGUAGGAGGAGCUUGUGGUUUAAUCCUGAUCAUCCUUGGUGUCAUCGUGGGGAUUAGGUUAUGCAAGAAAAAGGGCGCGGAAAAUGACGUUGAGCUGGACACACGAGAGAAGGAAUGGAAGGACCCGACCGUGUGGUGAGGGCCAGACAGCCGGAGCUCCUUUGCUCCUCUUCUUCUUGGGACUGUUGUGGAGUCUGGUGGCUGUUUCGGUCGGCUCUGCUGGAAAAGACAGAAAUGAAAGUUGCGGUUGGGAAGGCUUUGUUUUCCAUGUUCGCUCCACCAAUGUGAACCCGGGAUAUCACUGUACUUCAUUUACUGCAGUAUUAGAGAUGUAACUUACCACAUUUGACUGUAAUGCCAAAUGUUUUUACACUUGUGUAUGUUUUCACAUGAUUGUUACUAACAAUGUUUUAAUCAGAGUUUUUAAGCUGAAAAGCAGCAGAUGUAAAUAUGGAGGGACUUCUCUAAUUAAAUGCUGUUCUGCAGAUCCAGUCUUUAAUUCACAGCAGCUGUUCUCUCUGCAACAAUUACACUGUUUGCAUUUUUAUAUUUAGAAAAGUCUUCUCCUAAAGAACAUAUAAUUGAUUUAAUCCUUAAAAAAGCACAAAUAGCACUUCAUCCAUGAUAAUGCUGCUGUGAAUUGAGUCGUAUUCUCUCUAUCGCUUUUUACUGUGCAUUUAACUUUUAAAGCUAUGGGAGAUACAAGCAGAUGUACUUUUUCUGGGCAAUACCUCCUCUUUCUUUGUAGGCAGCAGCUGCUGCUUCACAGGAUACUUCACCUUGUGAAUACAUGUAAAAACAAUCAAAGACAACUUCAACCUCGGGAACCAUGAACUCGUGGAGACAUGUUGAUGGCCUGAUGUUUUCAGCUCAUUUGUCUAUUCCGGAGGCAGCAGCUCAUAGAUUCUCUGUGGUUCCCUUGCUGGGUUUGUUUCAAGCUAAGGAUUCUGGGUAUUGUAUUCCUUAGAAUCUCUGUAUUUAUUUUUGGGAUCAGACGUUUGCUAAGGUAAACCAACGUGGGCCUUUUGUUUAUUUCCCAGACGUUUCAAGUGUCCACACAGAUCCCCAUGAGUUGCCUGUCUCACUCUGUGUGUUUUUGUUUUGCGGGGAUUGCGUCAGUUCACCUGAGGAGGCCGUUCAUCUGAAAAUUGUGACGAAGGAGAAAGAAGCAGAGAGUUCGGACGAUGAAGAGUCUGAACCAAGCAGUGGAGAUGAUGAAGAGGAGGAUGGCCUUGAAGAGGAUGAUGAUGACGACGAUGACGACGAUGAUGACGAUGAUGAUGACGAUGAUGAUGGCGGUGGGGACGAUGAUGGGGGUAUAUUUGACUAGAUUAAGAUUAUCCCUCCCGUUAUGGCAUCAGUUUUUGCUAUCUGCAACCCUUAAUGUAAGUUCUUGUGCUUCCUCAGAGUCAGUGUUUUACAAUCACUGAAUAAUACAGAUACAGUUACAGUGAUUUAUACUUGCACUCAUUGUAGUCAUUCUCCAGCCGGACUGUUAUUUAAAAUCAUCCAGAUCAAUGCUGCAGGAACAAGAUAUCAUCCUUUUAAACAAAUGCAUUCUUCUUCGUCAAACGAGGAGCCUACAUUCCCCACAAUGCAACUUGGUGGACAAAAGUUCUACAAGAGAGGAGCUCCAAGCCACAGAUAUCUGCUAUGUAUGCUAACAUUGUUGAAGUCUCCACCUUGAAAAUAUUUUCCCCUUUUCAAACUUGUGUUCUUUAGUCCAACUGAUGCUGACUUAAGUGACAUCACUUGAGGAAGGUUGUCUGAUUCAUAAAGCUCCAUCUGACGCCUUAUGAAACUUCCUCUCUCCCUUUACUUUCUGUUGGUGUCAUGAAUGUGGACUAAUGAAUGGGUGUGUUUUUUUUUUUUAUGCAUGACCACUGUUCGUCUGCUUAUUUGUGCUAAUUUGACUGGAUUCAAUUCAGCUGCUGAGUUGCAGAGCAAACUGAUUAAUAUUCUUGCAAAAUGAAUGGACUAUGGAUUUUAUUUAAAGAGGGGAGCCAGUUUAACUUGGCUCAUUGUUAAAGCACCACGCAGCAGCAGCAGACAGUGUCUGUUAUUGUCAGAAGAAAUGUUUUCCUGCUCAUUUGCUAAAUGCAGCAGCAACAGUAUGCUUCACACUAAAUCAUCUUUCAUUCACAGAUUUUGUAAGAAAACGUUUCUAACUAUGUCAAAGUGUUUUACAUUAAGAAAGUCCAUUAGAUUUUUGAGUGAUAAUCAAAGCUAGGUGUUAACUACAAUGGCAACAUUGCACAAGUGAUUAUGUACAUUUUGUAAGAUAAGAGGAACUCUUCACUUUUUUAACUCAAGUUCUAAAAUGUUGUCUUUGUAUGUUUAUCUAAUGAACAGCUGUGGAAUAAAGAGUCUGUUUUUAAAAAUCA